AUGCUGAAGAAACUCAUCAAACCCGCUUUGCUGUUUGAUUUGUCCAUGCGGGACGUAGACCCCGGAUUAGUCGGAUUCUGGAGCCAGUAUCGCCAAGAAUGGGUGGUGAAGGAAGAGAGCCAAGCGAUCGUGAAGAUCAUCCAGGACGCCAUUAAGUCGGCGUCACUGUACCGGGUGGUUGCGGAGCAGAUUGCUCUGCCCCGGAACAAGCCCUUAAAGAAAGACGUGUAUCGUUUCGUGCACUGGUAG